AAAAGUAUAACAGUGGGGAGUGGGGGAGGUGUCUGAAGACUUGUUUGGUUUGAUUGGCUUCCAUUUUUCUCUUCCUUUUUUCUCUUCUACCUCUGCCCGUCCCCUCUCUCUCCCUCCCUCUAUAUAGACAUUCUCACAUUUUGCCCUGUCUCUGUCUCUCUAGGUUCCACCUACCUUAAUCAAGGCACUUGAAGAUCUAGGAUUUGGUUAUGGAGAGUGAAUUUGGAGAAUCAACGAGUGGACCAUCGCGUGGUCCUUCAUAUACGACCAAUAAUAGCAAUGAUACUGGUGAUUUUGAAUGCAAUAUCUGCUUCGAAUUAGCUCAGGACCCAAUUGUGACUCUCUGCGGCCAUCUUUUCUGCUGGCCUUGUCUCUACAGAUGGCUCCAUAUUCAUUCACAUUCCCAUGAGUGUCCAGUCUGUAAGGCACUUGUACAGGAGGAAAAAUUGGUUCCUCUUUAUGGAAGGGGGAAAACACCUUCAGAUCCAAGGUCUCGGUCAGUACCUGGCAUCAAUAUUCCCAAUCGCCCAGCGGGGCAAAGACCUGAGAUGGCUCCACGUCCAGAUGUGAACCAUUUUCCUCCUCCACAGGGAUAUGGUUUCAUGGGGGGGUUCAUGCCCAUGGCAUCUGCAAGGUUUGGAAACCUAACACUAUCUGCUGCCUUUGGUGGUUUAAUUCCAUCCUUGUUGAACCUUCAUGUGCAUGGAUUCCAUGAUGCCACUGUUUAUGGAACAACUUCUGGAUUUCCCUAUGGAUUUUCGAACUCCUUUCAUGGGGGCCAUGCUCAUGGGUUUCAUCAUCAUCAUGCUAGUCACGCACAUCAGUCGGAUUUUUCCUUUAUGAAGAGGUGUCUCUUAUUUAUUGGUCUUCUUGUGAUCAUAUCUCUUAUUUGGAUGUAGAAAAAUAUGUCCAUUAGAGUCCAGUUGUUGUUGAGCGUGUAGGACUGCCAUCUAUGUUCCUGUAUAUGUUAGCACAAAUGACUUUCUGGUGCUUGAUGAAUCAUGUAUGUGGUAUCUUCUCAAUGCCAUUAGAGCUUAAUUUUCAGGGUCACUGGCAUCUGUAAUGUUCAUUUUGAAUAAAUUGCUUGCAAGUUUUCUCCUUGCCCA